GUGGCUCUGUCGCCAUAGCAACGCGUACCAAACAGACCGCGGCGAUACAGACCUGCUACUUUUUGCUAUCUUCAUCACUACAGUAUUUAACAGUUUCUGUCGGUAACUUUCACACAAUAUACACUUAAUAUGGAAGAAGUUGAUAAGGAUCCAGAAGAGGCGUCUGAACCCUCUGUAUUGUCCGAAAAUCAGGAGGCUAAGAACGGGGUCUCCACACAGGAGGCUGAAGAAGACCCCAGUGUGGAGUUCAAGGAGGAGGAGGCGGGGGAAAGUGAAAAGCUGAUCACUCCUCAGAGGAUAAUCAACCUGCAGAGACAUUUGCCGACAUUAGUGACCAACAUCCAAACUGCAGCUGACGCCAAAGAAUCGAUGCGAAGGACAGAGAUGGAGGAAGCUCGCAGACUUAGAUUGGAGCGGCUGGAGAAUGAUGUCAAAUCCAGCCAUGAAGAAUUUGAGAAGAUCACUACAGGGUGGUCAAUAGCUAAGCAGAAGGUGAUCCCUCAGGAGCUGCAGGAGGCCCUGAAUAACCAGCAGCAGUUAUGUGCUGCUCUCAUAGAAAACAAGAAAAAACUCAUAAAUGACCUGCAACAGGAGCUGAAGGGUGGAGAUGAUCGCUAUGUUAAGGACUUGAGGAAGCAGGCAGAGGAGCUGGACCUGAUGAUGGAGAGGAUGGAGGACCAGAUCAAAACCCUGACAAAGGCCUACAGGGAGGAGCUGGCCCAGAUUGAGAGAGUUUAUCAGCAGGAAAGUGAAGUCUUACUUACAAGAGACAGGACCGAAUGGGACCAAUACAUGAAGGAACUUUGGGACAAAGAGCUGGAGAGGCUAAUGCAGAGGAAGAAGAAAGUGGAGGAGUAUGAAGCGAUAAUUCACAGUCUGAUGUUGGAGACCAACGAAAAGUUUAGCAUCAUCCAGACAGAACAGAAAGCAAAUAUUCAGGUUCUGGAGAGAGAGCAUCAACAGACAAAGGCCACCAGCAUGAUCAUAAAGCUAAAACAAAUAAAGCAAAAGGAUGAGGUAGCAGUACAGAAAUUCAGCCUGGCCCAUAUGAAAACCAGGAUCAUGAGUCUGCAGACAGAGAUGAAAAGCCUCAUGACUAAGUAUACCAGUCAGGAGAAACAGUUUACAAAGAGGAGCCAGUAUUUGUCCGAGGACUACAAACGCAACAUACAGCAAUAUGAACGAAUACAGAAGAAAAUCAAGCACUUUGCAGUCGCUGAUGUCAGAAAAUUUGAGGAGAUGUGGCUAAUGAUUGAAGCAGAGGUGAAGCAACUAGUGGAGAGGGCUUUGGUCAUUGACUCGCUGAUCUGCAAGCAGCACCUUGGUUUAGCCUGGGAGCGACCUCCUAUGGCCUUCAUGGAGCUCUCUGGUCCCAUCCAGCCUCAGAAACAGGCCUGGAGGCCCGCCCACCAGGCCGUCUCCCAGUUGUAUCACACCGGGCAGCCUUUACAGUGUAGUGAGAGGAUGAUGGACGCCUCAGUUGGGCCUAGGCUGGAGACUGACACUGAGAGCACAGACAUGGAAAUGUACAAGAAAGGGACAGCAGUGCAGAGUAAGAGCGGUGCAGAGGUGGAGGAGGGGAAGUUGUCGAUGGAGACACUGAAGAAAGUGAUGGAGCUGCUGUGUGAUGAGGCGGGCUUCCUGAUGGAGGAUAAACUCCUGAACCUGCUGGCUCCCCUGGAGAAGGAAGAACAGAGCGUUGUGAAGCUGGCCUCUCUCCUUUGUACUUUUGGCAUGGAAGAGGAGGAUGUGCCCAAGUUGGCUCAUUUCUUAUUUAAGUACAAACAUCAGCAGAUAGCGCAGACUGAGGAUGUUUGUGUUGAGUCGAGCGAAUCCAGUGACAAGGUUGAGGAAGUGGAGACCAACUCUGCGAGUCAUCUGACCUCUGAACUCAUUGAUCCUAACCAUGUUGUGCCUGCUCUAAAAAGUUUCCUCGAGCAGCUCAUGAGGUCCAGGGAGAGCUCAGCCCGCCAACACCUCAGUUUUCAGCAUGUAGAAACCCGGGAUACUUCAGAGGAUGAAGCCUACUGGGAGUGUAUGGGCAGUAUAAUCUCUGAGGACAGACUGAAACUCUGGGACGCAGCAGAGCAGACACUAAAGCAGUACCAAUAUUCAAUGAGGGUGAAGGUUGAGGAACUUCCCUGACAAUAGUAUAGAAAAAAGUACAGUAAGGUACUGUAAAGUAAUGUGCAUAAUAUAAUAGUGUGAUAUAGUAUUUUCUUUAUUAUACAAAUGUAUUCUAAAGCUUUAUCAGUUAAUCAAUUAGUCAAUCGACAGAAAAUUAAGUAUUUUAACAAAUAAUUCUGAUAGUCAAGUAAAAAUGCCACAAAUUUGCUGAUUCCAGCUUCUUAAAUGUGAAAAUUUUCUGCUUUUCUUUGUCACAUUUGAGUUGUAAAUUGAAUAUCUGUUGGUUCAGGCAAAACAAGCAACUGGGGGUGUGGGAACCUGUGAUGUACAUCUUUCACUGUUUUCUGACAUUUUAUAGAACAAAAGAUUAAUCUAUUAACCAACAAAAUAAUCGGCAGAUUAAACAAUAAUUAACAUAAUUGUUGGUAGCAGCCCUAGUGUAUUCAAAUAGUCCUAUGAAUCUAUACAUUUAAUAGGGCAGAAAUGAAAGUGCUUCUUCUCUAACAUCAUCUAUCUGACGUCUCCGAUCCUC